AAUUCCAUAACUCCCUCCUUUUUCCUGAAGGAAUGGGAUCUGGUGAGUUAACUGCUAUCUUUUGAGGCCAGCUGUGUCUUGACAGGUUCCUUGGAGUUUGAGAGCUGAACUUUCUGACAUCUGGCUGCAUGCAGGUUAAGCAAAAAGCUAUUAAAGGUUCCACCACCACCAUGAGGGCUGUGUUCCUGGUGCUGCUCCUCUGGGCCGUAGCCUGGGCUCACCCUGUGCCUGGCCACCAGCCUGCCCGCCGCAGAGCCCAGCAGGAGGACACAGCGAGUGAAGAUGACAUCAACAAUCUGGGCAACCUCCUGGCUGCUGGAGAUGGCAGACAUCCUCCUGUCAGUGCAGAGAGAGGGGACAAUGCCCUUGCUGGGGACCCAGCAGGUGGAAACGCUGUGGGCGAGGAGCUGGGUGAGCAAGGUGGCCAGAACAAGGGAGGCAGAAGUGGGGAGGCUCAGCACCUGAACCGAGUGGACCACGAGGACACAAGUGCCCGAGAUGGGAAUGGCCUUGGUUUCCUGGAGGAGGACGCAGGUGAUGCUGAUCCUGGUGACCACGGGGAGCACCACGGCCCUGGGGUCCACGGGCUUCCCUCCCGCGCCGACGGGUUCUUGGAGGAGGAGGACGACAGUGGGGAUGACACCUUGGACGAAGAGAUGGGUGAAGGUCCCACCUACCUGCCUGGUGCUGAGGGGGCAGGCGAGCACGGGCAGGAUGUGAGCGGUGGGGCUGGUGGGGGACACGGUGACAGCAGCAGCAGCAGCAGCAGUGAGAGCGUCGGGGCCGAUCACCGGAGCCAGCUGGGCAGCCGGUACGAGCGGCCCUACCGCUGGGGAGGGGGCAGCAGCAGCAGCCAGGAGGAUGAGGAGAGCUACCCCUGGGAGGAUGAAGCCAUGCAGGGUGAUGACCCCUCUGUCUUCGACAACCCAAGCAGCAGCUACCGAGGGCACCGUGUGGGCCCCCGUGCCCCGGGGAGCAGCAGAGAGAGUGUCCUGGGGGUUGGCUCCCAUGGCUGGGAGGAGGAUGACAGCAGGUCCCCAGAGGUGGAGGGCACUGACUCAGGAGAAGACAGCCCAUCCACGGAGGACAACAGCCAGUCGGAAGAGCCUGUUGCCAGCCAGUCAGAGGAAAACAGUGCCAGUCCCUCUAGGGAAGAUGGGGAGGACAGCCCUUCUAGGGAGGAUGAGGACAGUGAGUCCAGGGAGGGCACGACUGACGGGUCGGAUGAAGAACCAGGUGAGUCCCCAGAGGACACCUCCCAGGAGGUGGUGAGCACGUCGAGUGAGCGCAGCAGCAGCCGGUCCUGGGAAGGGCAGGAGGGCCAGGAGACUGCUGAGGACAGGAGUGCACCAUCCGUGCCUGACAGCGAGUCUGGGGAAGAGGAGGGAGACCAGAGCAAGUCCACGGAGGACACUGUGGAGGAGUCAGAGGAGGAGGAGAACGACUCCACCCCUGAUGGGCAGGUGCUGCGCACGUCCGAUGAGAGCCAGAGCACGUCCUCGGACAGUGAUGGCAGCCAAGAGGACACCACGGGCGAGGACAGCAGGUCCCCAGAGAGUGACAACAGCGAGUCCCAGGAGGACAAUGAGGAGGGCGAGGAGAGCCACUCGCAGGAGGAUGCCACCCGGGAGUCCAGCAGCCGCGGGGAUGACAGUUCCCUGCAGAGCCUGGAGAGCGGGAGCCGCAAGCGGCGGGUGGGCGCCUUCCGCAACAAGCCUGCUGCUGACUACGAUGACAACGACUGCCAGGAUGGGUACUGAUAGGUGCCCCACAGCCUUGUAGGU